GCGAUGGCUUCGGCACCGGCGUCGAGUGGUCGAUAUGCCAGGAUGACCGGCGCAGCAUCCACAGCCAGCUGGCGCGAUUGGAGGACUCCCUGAGCAGCUUCGGCGGGGAAUGCGCGCAGCUGGAGGCCACGGCGGAGGAGAUGCCCCGUCUCUUGGAGAGCAUCUCGGUGUCCAACCAGCCGGACGGCUUCCGGCGCCUGCCCACGAUCCAGGUGCCGCUGCCCUACUUCGAGCAGCUGGCCGAACAGCUGGAGACCCGCGCCGAGCAGGUCUACGAGCGCGUCGGCGCUGUGGAGAAGGCGCUGGCGAGCUACAACCGCCAGGUGUCUGGGGUACCUGUGUCUGCGCAGAUAGAGGCGGUGGUCCGCAGCGAGUUCCUGCAGUUCAAGGCCAUCGCCGCAGAGCUGGCGCAGGCGGCCGAGCGCAUCGAGCAGCUGCGGGACAGCGCAGUGCGUACCCGAGGCGUGCCGGUGGGUAUGUUGGCGCGGCCCAACGAGGAGUUUGAGAGCCAGCGGAUGGCGGCGCUGCGCAGCUUGGGGGCUGCCAACACGCUUCUGGGACCUCUCGCAGUCAGCACGAUCAAUCCUGGCCUAUACGGCGGUCUUGGCAUGCCGAUGGGCGCUAUGGCCAUGGGCGCCAUGGGCGCCAUGGGUGCUAUGGGUGCUAUGGGUGCCAUGCAGCCUGGUCUGCUGGGAGCCAACACCGGCGGCGGCUUGUUCGGUGCUAACCCCGCUGGCGGCAUGUUUGGCGCCAACACUGCAGGAGGAUUGUUUGGUGCCAAUACUGGCGGGGGUUUGUUUGGUGCCAACACAGGCGGAGGAUUGUUUGGCGCCAACACCGGAGGAGGCUUGUUUGGUGCCAACACAGGCGGCGGCAUGUUCGGCGCCAACACUGGCGGAGGUUUGUUUGGCGCCAACACCGGCGGAGGAUUGUUUGGCGCCAACACUGGCGGCGGCAUGUUCGGUGCCAACACUGGAGGUGGCUUGUUUGGGGGAGCUAACACUGGCGGUGGCUUGUUCGGUGCCAACACUGGAGGAGGUUUGUUUGGCGGGGCCAACACAGGCGGCGGCAUGUUCGGUGCCAACACUGGAGGUGGCUUGUUCGGUGCCAACACUGGAGGAGGUUUGUUUGGCGGGGCCAACACAGGCGGCGGCAUGUUCGGUGCCAACACUGGAGGUGGCUUGUUUGGUGGAGCCAACACUGGCGGUGGCUUGUUCGGUGCCAACACUGGAGGAGGUCUGUUUGGCGGGGCAAACACGGGUGGCGGCAUGUUCGGCGCCAACACUGGAGGGGGGUUGUUUGGCGGCGCUAACACGGGUGGCGGCAUGUUCGGUGCCAACACUGGAGGAGGCUUGUUUGGCGGCGGGGCCAACACUGGCGGCGGCUUGUUUGGCGGCGGGGCCACCCCUGGUGGCGGAUUGUUCGGUGCCAACACUGGCGGCGGCCUAUUCUGACCACUGCGAGUC